AACUCACAAGAUUAAAUCCAAUAAUGGGUCUUUCAAAUUCCAAAUCGAAUAGUAAUUAUAAAAGUAAUUUUAAAAAGGUCUCAUUUGACCUAAGCACGAAAAAAGAAAUUUUUAAAUAUGCUAAUGGACGAAGGUUUCAUAAUGAUGAAAAUUCUAAAUACUUUUUACCAAAUGAUGAUGAAGAAGGCAAUUAUUCAUCUCCUGUUAGUGACUUACUAGAUCGGGGUGGUGCUAAAGUCCUAGAUGUCGGUUGCGGUCCAGGCACUUGGCUCUUAAAUAUGGCGACUGAUUAUCCAAGAGUUUCAUUUACUGGCGUAGACAUAUCUCCAAUCUAUCCUUCUGAAAUAAAACCUUGCAAUCUAACAUUUCAUACUGCAAACAUAUUAGAGGGUUUACCAUUCCCUGAUAAUCAUUUCGACUUUGUAUAUAUGAGAUUCUUAUUAACUGCAUUCACUGAAGAUGAUUGGCAAAAUAAAGUUAUUCAAGAAUUAUGUAGAGUUCUUAAACCAGGUGGAUACAUUGAAAUUAUGGAAGGUGAUAUGGUACUUAAUCCAGAAGGCGAUUGUGGAAAAAUUUUAAUGAAUGCUUGUAUGUUAUCAAAAAAUAAG